CCGUGUAGUCCAGUACAAACCGUUCCGCAACGCAGCAAAAGUUCAAGCGAACUGAAUGCACCUCAUCUAUGUCGAGUAACCGUCAGUCGCCAUAACACUGGAAUUGACCAACUGCAGGUAUCAAUGGGCGUUUACUGGUAUGAGGGAACACCCAUACCAAGAAACGCCUGGAAUUUCGGUCUGCAAUUACACCAUAUUCACCAGGUGAAUGAGACAUAAAGGUAACAAGGAAACACUGGUACGCGGUGAGUUGGCCUCCGGCAAUAAAUCAUUUUAUUUUACUGCUAGUCAGUGUGUGUUCCUGUGCACUAAAUUGUAUUCCAGUCCAAAGACCAGGUUUGACAAGUGUUUGGGGAAUGAGUCAAACUUUCUAGGAUCCAAUUCAUGAUGUGAAAAAUUCAUUCGAACCGCAUUGGAAUAUGAGCGCAAAAAUAUAACUUUUACAUUUUAUUUGAUCACAAAAUGAUUUAGUGCGAUUAACCCGGGAGUCUUCACAAUGGAAAUUCGAGAGAAGUGUUUUUUGUGUUGUCAGACUGUUUUCCCGUGUUUUAAUAAACCACGGUCAGAUUCAGAGUCGGCGACUGAAAAGAGAGAAAUCGUGGUGAUUAAAAAUGAUCACACCCAGGGUCCCAAAAACAGGGCUUUGCCACCUAUACCCCUUGAGAAACCGGGAUACGUUUAUAUCGCUCUCUAUGAUUAUACCGCCCGAACGGAGGAGGACUUGAGCUUCAAUGCUGGGGACAAGUUAGAAGCUUUGGAUAAAAGUGCUGGCGAUUGGUGGUACGCAAAAGCGCUCAGUGGAAUUUCAGCUGCCAAGAAGGGUUACAUUCCAGCCAAUUAUGUGGCACCUGUGGAGAGUCUGGACGCUGAGCCAUGGUACUUUGCAGACACCAAGAGACUGGAUGCUGAGAAGCUGCUUCUGUCAGAGGGGAACCAGCAUGGGGCCUUCCUCAUCAGACACUGUGAGACUCAGAAAGGAGAGCUCUCACUCUCAGUAUUGGACAGGGGCAAAGUGAAGCACUACAAAUUAAGGAAGUUGGACACUGGAGGCUACUAUGUGUCAAGAUCUAGGAGCUUUCUGACCCUGAGGGAGUUAGUGGAACACUAUUCCAAACUGGAGGAUGGUCUCUGUGUGUGUUUGCUUGAACCAUGUAAAAAGACGGAGGCUCCUCAAACCCACGGUCUGUCCUACAACACAGCCGACCACUGGGAGAUUGACCGGUCGUCUGUCAAACUGCUGAAUAAACUAGGCGCUGGACAAUUUGGAGAAGUCUAUGAAGGCAUCUGGAACGACACCACUUCAGUAGCAGUGAAGACCCUGAAACAUGGCUCCAUGGACGCUAAGGACUUCCUACAGGAGGCCCAGAUCAUGAAGAAACUGCGGCACCCCAAACUGAUCCAGCUCUACGCUGUGUGUACGGUGGAGGAACCCAUCUACAUCAUCACAGAGCUCAUGAAGAAUGGCAGUCUGCUGGACUACCUUCAGAAAUCCAACACCUCUUCCUCCAAGAACAUGGGUAUGAUGCUUGGUGUCUCGGAACAAAUAGAGAUGGCUGCUCAGGUGGCUUCUGGCAUGGCCUACCUGGAGCAGCAGAACUACAUCCACAGAGACCUGGCGGCACGCAACGUUUUGGUGGGAGAGAACAACGUCUGCAAGGUGGCUGACUUCGGACUCGCCAGAGUCUUCAUGAUGGAGAGUGAGAAUGUGUAUGAAGCCAAAGAGGGCACUAAGUUUCCUGUGAAAUGGACCGCCCCUGAAGCCAUCCAUGGCAACAAGUUCACCAUCAAGUCUGACGUGUGGUCCUUCGGCAUUCUGCUGUAUGAGAUCAUGACCUUCGGUCAGAUGCCCUAUGCAACCAUGACCAACUACCAGGUGGUCCAACGUGUGCCCACGGGUUACAGGAUGCCCUGCCCACCAAACUGUCCCAAGGUGAUGUAUGAGAUCAUGUCUGACUGCUGGAAGGACAAUGAGAACGACAGACCCACCUUCGAAACCCUGCAGUGGAAGCUGGAGGACUUCUUUGACCUGGAUGUGACCUCUUACGAUGACGCCAACCGUUACUAGUACUGUACGGUGUUGUAUUGAGUGUCCAAUGAUGCUCUCCUCAUACUCGCAGCAAGAGUCAGCAGAGGAAAGUACAGUAUUUCCACUGUCACAGGUAAUAUAAUCAUAUGCCUAAGAUAAAUGGCAUUUCAUUCUCCCAACAGUUAAUAUCUAGAAUGCAGGUGCUAUUGAUUUUAGCAUAGUUGAACCGUCCACUUCCUGAUCACAUUAUGGUUGGAUAUGUAUUUGUUAGGAUUAUAUUAUGAGGUCGAACACGUGUGACCACAAACGGUUUGAUGAGAAAAUAUUAUAUGUGGAUGUUUUAUUUGGCUGCUUGUGUAUAGUUGUCGUGACUACGAUGGGGAAUCCUCUAUUGUAACUGUUUGACACUCCCGCUAGUUUUGAUUUGUUUGCCAAUUUAAUGCACUUUUUAAGUGGGUUUUACUGAGAGUGGCUUCUCAUAUCCAGCUAAACUCACUAGACACACUUGACAAAGUCAAAACCCUGCCCAUGGCCCGGUCGGGCUUCCAUAACAGCCGCUGUUCUCAGGUGAGCCUGAUGGAACUAUCAAGCCGGGCGAACCGGUUCUGUGUUCACUGCAUAGCAGUCAUUCUUCCACUACACUGGUUGGCUGCCAAGGAUUUAUCAGGAGUCUCCUGUAAGAAUGUGCUUGAGUCAUGUUCACUAAGAAGCAUUUGUUUUAUCUACGUCUCUGAAGCAUAGUGAGUGAUCUGUUAUCUCUGAGCACUUAUCAAUACACAUACCAUAGGAAUGAGAGGAUAAUGUAGUUAGAAUAUGUUCACAUAAAUUGUAGAUUUGAUUCUGACUGGACAGAAUUGGAUUUGAAUUGGAUUAAACCUUAUUGUGCAGUCACCAAUGUCUAUUGAUGUCAUAGUGGGGAUACUGUUAUUAUUCUGCAAUAGGACCUGGAAUUGAAUAACCGGAAAGUCUGCUUGCUCACCACACCUCAGUGACCAUGUUGAUUUGAGUUAUGAAUUGGUAUUUUAUGGCUCACUGACUGAAAGUAAGUUUUUACACUGGACUUGUUUGUUGAGACUGGAAUUGUACAAGUGCUUGUUGAUUAUGGCUUGUUCUGAUCAUUUUGUGCAAUGUUUUUAAAACAUUUGAACAAUGUCUAAUAAUUGGUCGUAACCUGUCAGUGUACACUUGAUCAGAAAAAUGAAAUUGUUUCUUUAAUUUUGUUCAUUGUAAGAUUAAUUGAAUGUUUAAUGCAUAAGAAUCAUUUAAAUUGAGCUAUUUCAUUUUUUCAUGACAUUGAUAAUUAAAACUAAUCUGGGGUGAGUCUACGUAAUACUAUUACUAAACGGUAGCAUCAUUGUGUGCCAUCCCUUGUUCUGAAUAGCUUUAUUUUGUUAAUAAUCAUUUAGAAUUAUUUAACACAUGUUGCCAAAUGAUUUGGUCAAGGUGUCUGGACACCGAAUCCUCUGUGAUAUUUUCUGUUGUCUAAUAAAUUGUUUUGAAGUUAUAA